AUGUCUGCUGAGAUUCGCUCAAGGGGUGAUAUAGUGUUAAACGUUGCUUCAAGUGGUAUUGCAUCUUUACUUCUUCCCAAUGGAAGAACGGCACACUCAAGGUUCAAAAUACCGCUGAAUAUAACUGAGGAUUCUGUAUGUAACAUCAAACCUGGUUCCCCUCAAGCAAUGUUGUUGUUGAAAGCCAAACUUAUAAUUUGGGAUGGGGCUCCAAUGGUUAGUAGGUACUGCUAUGAAUCGCUUGAUAAAUGCUUGGGUGAUAUCAUGAGGUGUUCUCCAACAUAUAGCAAAGAUUUGUCCUUUGGAGGAAAAGUGGUUGUACUAGGUGGAGACUUUAGACAAAUUCUUUCUAUCAUUCCACAAGGAUCGAGACAAGAUAUCGUUCAUUCAACUGUGAAUUCGUCUUACCUUUGGAAGUUUUGUCAGGUGCUCAAACUAACAAAAAAUAUGAGACUCUUUGUAGGGAUGACUGCUUCAGAUCAAGAUGAGACAGAGAAAUUUGGUGAGUGGUUAUUGAAAGUUGGUGAUGGUCUAAUAUGUGACAAUAUGGAUGGGAAUAUGGAGAGUCAACUAGAUCUCUGUAGUUUUGAAUUACUGAAUAGCAUAAAUUGUUCUGGUUUGCCUCUACAUAAAUUAAUACUCAAGGUUGGUGUUCCGGUGAUGUUACUGAGGAAUAUUGACCAAUCUAGUGGUCUUUGUAAUGGUACAAGACUACAAGUUAGGAAGCUUGAAAAUCAUGUCAUAGAAUGUGAAGUUUUAACGGGUAACAAUGUUGGUCAUAUUGCUUUGAUUUCAAGAAUGAAUAUGGUACCAACAAAUGAAACUGUCCCAAUUAGAUUCCAACGAAGACAGUUUCCCAUAAUAGUAUCGUUUGCCAUGACAAUUAAUAAGUCUCAGGGACAAACUUUAUCUCAUGUUGGAUUGUACAUGUCCAGACCAGUUUUUACAUAUGGCCAACUAUAUGUGGCACUUUUAAGAGUUAAGAGUAAGAGAUGUUUAAACGUUUUACUUAUAAAUCACGUAAGAAUGUCUGCAAAUUCAACCAUCAAUGUUGUUUAUAGAGAAGUCUUUGAAAAAAUAGUAUUCUAA